AUGUUUGUUCACUUGAAAACUGCCCCCUCUCAUUGCAGACUUUCAAAUAAUUUGAGUGUGCGCUUUGUGUUUAUUUGUUUAUUGCAAAAGAAUUGUUAAAGGCGAUUUUCUGGUCAGUUCAACCACUGAUAUGGAGUGCGUAAAAAUCGGUCUCCUGGUUCUUCUGGCGCUGUUUGCUGGCCAAACCGAGUCAGCUACUGAUACCAAAGUGGUAUGCUACUAUGAUAGUCAAGCGUACAAUCGACCAGGAAAUGGGAAAUUCGACCUGAACUUCCUGGAUCCAGCGCUGCAGUUCUGCACCCACUUGAUCUACGGAUAUGCCGGUAUCAAGGAGGAGAAUUUCAACAUUGCCCCGCUGGACGAGUCGCUGGACAUUAACAAGCAAAACUACAAGCACAUUGUCGAGUUGAAGCGGAGGUUCCCUGGAUUGAGAGUCCUUCUGUCCGUCGGUGGCAAUCGGGACGUUUCAGGCGAAGGAAGCGAGAAAAAUUUGAAAUACCGAACAUUGUUGGAGUCGGUGGAAACGCGGCUGGCUUUUAUAAACUCGGCCCAUAACUUGGUGAAAACCUACGGAUUCGAUGGUCUGGAUCUAGCAUGGGAAUUUCCUGAAACCAAGCCGAGGAAAAUCCGGAAUAAGAUCUCCUCAUGGUUUGUGAAUUUGAAGCACAAAAUUGCCGGCGAAUCGAUCACGGACGAGAAGGCCGAAGAGCACAAGGAGCAAUUCAUCGCCCUGGUUCGAGAGUUCAAAAACGCCUUUAGGCACGACGGGAUUUUGCUGACGCUGUCUCAGUUGCCCAACGUGAACGGCACCGUCUACUACGACCCUCGUCAGAUAGCUCCGAACGUGGACUUUGUAACGGUGCAAGCCUUCGACUACCGCAACCCAGCUCGCAACCCCAAAGAGCUCGACUAUCCAGGCCCGCUCUAUGAGCUUCCAGUUGUUGACGAGGGCCGGAAAUUUGAUGAAAACGCCGACUACCAGAUCAGAUAUUGGCUUAACCAAGGCUUGCCAGCCAACAAACUGCUAUUGGGUAUUCCCACGUAUGGAAGAGCGUGGAAACUGAAUGAAGACUCCGGAUUCACCGGAGUGCCGCCGGUGGCUGCCGACGGCGCAGCCGAUCCAGGCCCAUACUCGAACGAAGCAGGCCUGCUCAGCUAUCCAGAGAUUUGCAACAAAAUCGCCAACCAAAAGGAGAUCAAGGCCGGAUAUCUGGGCAAGUUGAGGAAAGUCAACGACCCAACAAAGAGAUACGAGGAAGAGAAUCGGUAUUGGAAUGUUAGCGAUGUUACCAAGAGGUUUGGAACGUACGCCUAUCGGCUUCCGGACCAGAAUGGCGAAAAUGGUAUCUGGGUUGGCUUUGAAGAUCCCGACACGGUCGGCAACAAGGCCGCCUACGCCAAAGCCAAAGGUUUGGGAGGAAUCGCAGUGCUCGACAUCACUCUGGAUGAUUUUAGGGGCACUUGCGUCAGCGAUAACUUCCCUUUGUUGAGGGCUGCCAAGUACAGGCUGUAGACUAAGAUAUUAUGUGUUAAACUCUCUGUAGCUCUGUAGCUGUAGCAGACGCAAGACGUUUGUUUUAUUUGUCAUUUACCGAUAUUGAAUAAAUAGUUUUGUUCGUA